AUGCGCCCCGACCAACAACCGCCGGCGGACGAGCAGCAGCAUCCGCCACCGGCGAUCCCGAAUGCCGACCUCCCUUGCAGCCGGGCGUGGUACGUGGCCAAGCUGGUCCUUACGUCCUUCUCCGUCGCCUGCGGCGCCAUCGUGCUGGGCCUCUCCGUCUCGCUGGCCGUCGACCCGGCCGUGCAGAGCUACAUCGCCGUCUGGUCGGCCCCGCAAGCGGGCGCGGCCGUGCUCUGGUCCGGCGCGGAGCUCGUCGCACUCUUCUUCAGGGCGGUCCGCGCCCGGCGGCCGUCCUCGGACGAGGCGCCGGCCGCAGCCGAGGGGGGGCGCCGGCCGAGCGGCGGCAUCCACCCGGGCGCGCACGUAGCCGUCCAGCUCCUGCUGAGCCUCGGCUUCGCCGCCGGGACCGGCCUGACUGCCUACCUGCACGCGUUCGCGCUCUCGUUCAUGGAGCCCGGCGCCCGCGACGCCUACCCGGGGUAUUGGGACUACUACUACAACGACGAGGGGAGCGGCGGGGACGGCGGUUACUACAGCAAGUCGUACGUCGACGCCGUGGCGGUGCUCGUAGCGUUUCUGACACUCCUAACGAUAACGCAUCUCGUGCUCUUCGUACGUUCCUGCGCUGAGACCGCCCAGCGCGAGAGGGCAAAGACCCUCACGCUGGUCCGCGCCCCGCCACCACAGGUGCAGCAAGGACUAUUGCUACCGGCGGGGUCCGCAGACGAAGUUAAGCCAGACAAGGAGCGCGUCUAGCCCAGUUCUCCCAAGCACAUGCCCGGGUGUAGAGGGGGACGACAGCAGCAGGAUGCUGUCCUGCCCCCUGCGGCGCGGACUACUGCCGGACCCGUAUCGCUGCUGACGGGCGGCAGCAACGGAGGCAACAGGGGCAGCAUACGCCGCAGCCUCUCUGGCGGAGAUUAUCAUUGGCGUAAACCCGACAUAACACAGGGUCGCAGCGAGAAAUGGACUAUUUGCUUUGCGAUUCCUACGCCGUGGCUAGGUAACCCGUACAUUCGGGGCUUUUACCGCUAUCUAAACCGAGAACCGUGAAGCUGAUAUGUCGAACCGAGUCAUAUUCAUGACCAUAACCGUAACCAUAGCUAUUUUUGGUAUUCGCCGGCAUAGAGAAGCUUCUCUAGACCGUGCAAUAGGGCUCAUUGGCGAUCUUCUACUCUUGUUAAUCCCGCGUAUGCAUCGGCACGCGGCAUUUAUGAGCCCCCCCCUCCCUCUCGAAAAGAAAAAAAGAAUUGGGGGCGGGAGAUAUGAGCGAGGACGUUCGAGUGACUUGGACUUAAAUCCAAGAGCGGUGGGAACGUGGUAUCUCGGGUAAGCUGGAGGGGCUCGAUGGGAUCGGUAAAGGA